CCCCGGUGCCCGGCUCGGCACAGCAAGGGCUCUGCCUCUCGGCGCCUGGGCCGCUCUAAGAGAAGCCCCGCCGCCUUCGGGUGGUCGCAGCCGGGCCGGAGGGGAGGGGUGAGGUGGGGAGGGUCGCCGGCCAUGGAGUACAUGUUCCGCAAGAGGAAGCUGCUCAAGACGCUGCUGAGCCUGUCGCUGCUCUUCGCCACCGUGGCCUUCAUCCAGAAGCUGAAGCUGGGGGACGGGCUGGGCCUGGGGCUGCGGGAGGCGGCGGGCUCCCGGCUGGCCCCGCCUUGGCACGAUGCCGAGCGGAGUAACGGCAGCGUCGGCGGAGGCGUGGAGCUGUUGGCGCCGGCGGCCGGUCCUGGGUCCGGCAGCCCGGCCAAUGCCAGCGGCCCCGGGGCCUGGGGGGUGACGGUGACCAACUGCAGCCAGAACCGGACGGUGCGCGGCCUGAGCUGGUUCACGGCGCUGGACGCCAGGUUCCAGCAGUACGUGCUGUACCGCCACUGCCGCUACUUCCCCAUGCUGCUCAACCACCCCGAGAAGUGCGCGGCGCCCACCGACCUCCUCAUCGUCGUCAAGUCGGUGAUCGAGCAGCACGACCGGCGGGCGGCCGUCAGGGCAACGUGGGGCCGGGAGCGCGCCAUCGGGGGCCGCAGCAUCCGGACCCUCUUCCUGCUGGGCACGCCGAGCGCGGGAAAAGACCAGCGCAACCUGCAGAAGCUUCUGGAAUACGAGGACCGGCUGUACGGCGACAUCCUGCAGUGGGACUUCGUGGACACCUUCUUCAACCUGACCCUCAAGGAGGUCAAUUUCCUCAGGUGGUUCGACGUCUACUGCCGCCGCACCCGCUUCGUCUUCAAGGGCGACGACGACGUGUUCGUCAACACCGAGAACCUGGUGGAGUUCCUGGCCUUGCAGAGCGAGGGCCCCCGGCGCGACACCCUCUUCGUGGGCGACAUCAUCUCCAGGGCGCUGCCCAUCAGGAACCACCAGAGCAAGUACUUCAUCCCCAAGCAGCUGCACGACCAGCCCUACCCGCCGUACGCCGGCGGCGGCGGCUUCCUCAUGGCCGGCCCGCUGGCCAGGCGGCUGGUGGCGGCCUCCGAGAGCAUCCAGCUCUACCCCAUCGACGACGUCUACCUGGGCAUGUGCCUGCAGAAGGUGGGCGUCGAGCCACAGUUGCACUACGCCUUUAGGACGUUUGGGAUCGUCAAGCGCCGGGUGAGCCCCAUGAACAGCGAUCCCUGCUUCUACAAGAACUUAGUGGUCAUUCACAAGCUCAGCCCGGAGGGCUUGCUGCAGAUGUGGAACACCGUCCACAAUCGGACCCUCACUUGUGCCAAGAAAUUUUUUAUAAAUUUAAGGGAGUAAUCUUUUUUUUACGGGAUGACUUGAUCCUAAACCUUCCUGUACAUUAGAUAUGUAGGUACUUGGUGUGAACCGUUUAGAAUCUGCUUGGCGUAAUGGUGAGAAUUCCUAUUCGGCUAUGUCUGGAUAAGCUGAGUAAAGGUACUUUAAAAACUUAAGACUUGUGAAUAUUUGAAGUUUAUUUUUACACUCUGGUAACUUCCCCAAAUAAGUUGUCAAUUGACACCAAGUUUGACAGCAGUUUUGGUAGUGUUUUUUUAAAGGAAACAUAACCGGAGGCUGAGAGCCAAUUGUGUCCCGAUUUUUGUAGAUGGAAGAAAUGGCUUUAGCGACUGGUUAAAUAUGAUUUAGCUACUCCUAGUAGGUAGCACUCGGUAACUAGCAGUAGCACUAAUGUAACAAAAAUGACUUGCAGUCCUAAGUGAUGUUGAUUUCUCAGUCACUGCUUUGAAAAGGGAUCAUUUUAACAUAAAACCAAACCAUAUGUACAGUUUUGUUCCUUUGCAUUCCCACUCCCUGCUUUUUAAUAAAAAUAAAAACCACCAUGAAAACAGAAAAGGGCAAAACUUGAUUAAGCUAGCUCAAUGAUUGACUCUGACAAAUUUGCAAAACUUUUAUUAAUUGAAUACUGAUUUUUAAAAUUUCACCUUCCUUUCUUGCCUCUAACCAAGAUUUGCUUUUGAGGUUCUCUUGGCAGUUGAUGAACAGCAGGAGUCAAAUUUCAGAGCCCUUGCCACUCUGCAGGAAAUGUGGUGAGACAGGACUUGGUUUGCCAAUCUGCUGCAAAAUAGAUUGCAUCCUUGUUUUUGAUUUGAAAUAAAGGAUCUUUUUGACCUGAAUUUAAACAUAAGGUGCCAUUUCUAGGACAUCUUAACUCCAGUAGGAGGAGUGGCAAGGAAUUUGGUGCAGCCUUUUUCUGCUUCAGUUCAAAGCUGGCUGUUUCAACCAAGGAGCUUGAUGCUGCAAUCCAUUUUGGUAAGAAACUUGCAUUUAGGUGUGGUUUAUAUAGGCCUUACUUCCAUUUAAGAAACUUGGCAAAGGACAUUCUGGUGGUGAAACCACCAAGGUUUGUUGACUGAUAUGGAUGUGGCCAGUGGUUGUCUAAUUGUCACUCCUUAACCUUUUAAGAAUAGAUGAAAACAUGGCAGACUGCGCACGAUCCUGACGAUAAUCAUUGUCAACUGGCUGUUCCUGAAAUUUCUGACCUCCAAAUUUCUAAAACUAUUGAUUGUGUUUAUCUAAUAAAAUAAUGGGGAUUGAAAAAAAAUGAAACAAAAUAUAAUCUUUUUUGUGUACUCUUCCCAGUUUCUGAACUACAUGCCGGCAAGUCAAAUUCCUAUUUCAGUGUUUAAAUCUUUUGGCGAUCAUGAUCAUUGGAAAUGUGUGUGUGUGUGUGUAUUUUUUAAGGUCAAUUCAGAUUAAUAUAUUGAAUUAAUAGGUCUGAAGUUUUUGAUGGUUUAGUACUAUAUAAGAUGUUGUACUUGUUUGACUGGUCAGGGCCAAUAGUUUCUGCUUAACUUCCAAUGCUGCUCAGUGGUCCUGAUGAAGGAGCUAUGGAAUUGCUGAGGUGCACUGUAGUUGCUAUUGUUUCCUCUUGUCAUUCUGUUGUUUCCAUCUCCUACAAGUGAAACUGUGCCUUUAUGAAGCAUUCCACAUUGAAGCAAGUGAGCCAGAAAAGUUGUGGUGGGAUUUAUCAUGACCUAUGAACAAAAAUUUGAAGUACUGUCAACAACUGGUCCUUCCAAACUGGCAAUUAACCUUAAAAGGGUUGGGGAAGAAUAUACAGUGACCAGUGUGUGAUCUGUAGAAAACUGUCCCUGCCUAUCUUAUACAUGUGUAAUUUAAAGAAUAAGAACCCUUUAAUAUUUAAAACCAAUUCUCUUAUGAGAUCCAUGUUUUCUGACAAAAUUUGAAAAUAACUGACAAAAAGGAUUUUUUUUGUUUUAGUAGAUGUUAACUUUAUUCAAAAUGGUUUGAGAAUUUUGCCAACAUAAUCAAAAUUAAACUUGUACUUUGAAAUGUAAUUAAUAAAAGAGUCUAAAAUGAUUUUCUUUA